CCCGGGGCUGUGUGCGUGUCCUCUGUGCCUCCUGCAAAGGCUGGCGUCCCUCGGGGUCACACCCGGCCCCGAAGCCUGGCCUGGCCUGCAGGUGUCUGGGAGGUGCCAGGCAGGAGGCACAGGAGUCUGAAGAGAAGGAGGGCUCUAGGUGCGGUCGUGGGCGUGGGUGUGUGCCUAGGGCGCUGCUCUCCCUGUGAGGAGGGUCUAGGGCUGCAGCUGUGGCCUGCAGGUUCCCCGUGUGCUCUGGGCCCAGAAUGCUGCUCUCUGUCCUUGCGGCCCAUGGGGGACGGUUCGAGCUUGGGCCCUUUAGUAUUCCCAAAUGUUGAAUGGACUUAAGGCCUGGCGUUGACUGGUUUGUGUGAAAUCCGUUAUUGCUGAUUCAGCUCUUCCUCUUUGCUUGAUCGCGUGUCCUUAAAUACAGGCCGGACCCUCCAACCAGGAAGGGAGGACCGUGACGAGAAAGUGAACAAGCUUGGUUUGCACGAAGUCAGUGAACUCAGUCGCUGAAAGUAUGCUAAUUUCACCUGGUUGGAUGAUGCAUUUUUUAUUGCUUCCUUCUUAAAGCAAAAUAUCACUCAGUGCUGGGUUUGGCUCCAUCUCCCUGGCCCUCAACCUACGACUCGUGCCUCAGUUGGCCUUCUUAUUCUCUGUCUCUCUUCUUUUUAACAGUAAUUGUAGGAUAUAUAAUAUAUCUGAGAAGGCAAAGUAACUUAUUACUCUUAUAAAUUUUCUUCUAGCUUAAAAAAAAAAAUCCUAUUUUUUGAGCAAUAAAAAAAUCCUUGCAUAUGGCUUAAAAUUUAAAAGGUACAAAAAUUAUAUCAGUCCUCAGAGGGAAUCCUUGGUUUUGGUUUCUCGUGUGUUCUCAGAUAAGUGGCCUGUGUACCUACAAUUUACUAUGCUCAUGUAGUUGAUUUAUUUAUUUUUACACAAAUGGUAGUUACUAUACAUUAUACUGAGCCUAGGUUUUUCACUUAACAGCACGUCUCCGAGAUAAUGUCAUAUCAGUGUAUCAAGAACUUCCUGGUUACUUUUUACAAGUGCAUAGUAUUCCACCAUGUGGAUGAACCAUACUUUAUUUAAGUUCCUUCCUAUGGAGGGGAAUUUUGAUUGGAUUGGAAACAACACAGGCCUUGUCUGGAAAUACAGCAUUCUGACCAGGAGUCCUUGGUGUCCACCCAGCCUCUGGCACGUGGGCAGGGCAGUGGAAGGGGAGAGUGGAGGUGGGCUGACAGCCAGCUGAAGGUGAGGACAUUGGCCUGGCGCGUUAACUAGCUUUCAGCCAGCCUUCUGGUUGGCACAUGGUAGGGCAUGGAGCCCCUGACCUGGGCAGCUGGUCCCCAGAGAGCCACCAGUCCAUGAGAGGCAGGCUGGCCUUGCAGGUUGCCUUGGCUCCCCGCGGGUCUGCUGCCGGGCGUGAGGCCUGCAGUGCUUACAAGUUGGGAUGCUGAGCACGUCUCUGAUAGCUCCAGCCGUGGCCUGAGCCCCUUGCCACGCUGAGUCCGUUAGUCCUACAAAGUGUUUGGCUUUGCCAUUGGUAGGGAUAUUUGUGUCUAUGGUGUCUGCUCACUUAUCCCUGCUGCUCUCAGAAGCCAUCAGAAGGUGUAAAAUGGGAUUAACACCCCCCUCAUGGGGACACCUGGAGUCGGGAAAGGAGACGCUCCUUCCUUAACAAGAAGCAAGGGGGAAGAAAAAGUAAAAGUAUAAAAACAUGCAUGGGAAAGAUGUAUACCAGCUGUCUUCCUCUGAGGAUGGAGUGGGGUGGAGGAGGGAGGAGGUAGAGUUUUAGCUGUAUCCGAGAUGAUUUAUUUAUGUACACAUAGAAGACAUCUGAAACAACAAUAAAAAAUAUUAAAAUUAUUAGCUCUGGAAGGUAGAUACAUGGGUGUCUGUCAUAUUAUCUUCAGUGCUUCUCUGUAUGUUUACAACGUUUCAAAACUGAAAAUGAUUUUUGUUUUGUUUUGUUUUUACUAAAGCUGGGGAGCACAGGCCCUGGCCCUCCCUGCCCCGUGCUCCGUCUUGUACCUCCCUCUGCCGCGUCACUUAUCCCUGCUUAGGAAUGACUGUCUGUGUAGCUGCUUGUCUCCCUCAGCACGUUCAGACUUCUUCCACACGCGUCCUUCCCAACAGACAAAGAUUAACGAGCCCCCUGGAAGAUCACCGUGGAGGACUAUGAGCAGGCUGCCAAGAGCCUGGCCAAGGCCCUGAUGAUCCGGGAGAAGUAUGCCCGGCUUGCCUAUCACCGCUUCCCUCAGACCACUGCCCAGUACCUGGGUCAUCGGCGGGCGGAUGCUGCACCCCUGGAAGAGGGCCUCCCAGACUUCCACCCUCCCCCACUGCCGCAGGAAGACCCUUACUGCCUGGACGACGCUCCCCCCAACCUGGGCUACCUGGUCCGCAUGCAGGGGGGCAUCCUCUACGUGUACGAUGACAAGAAGACGCUGGAGCGCCAGGAGCCCCACAGCCUGCCCUACCCUGACCUGGAGACCUACACGGUGGACAUGAGCCACAUCCUGGCGCUCAUCACCGAUGGCCCCACGAAAACAUAUUGUCACCGGCGACUGAACUUUCUGGAAUCCAAGUUCAGCCUUCACGAGAUGUUAAAUGAAAUGUCCGAGUUCAAAGAGUUGAAGAGUAACCCCCACCGAGACUUCUAUAAUGUGAGAAAGGUGGACACACACAUCCACGCGGCUGCCUGCAUGAACCAGAAGCACCUGCUGCGCUUCAUCAAGCACACGUACCAGACGGAACCCGACAGGACGGUGGCGGAGAAGCGGGGCCGCAAGAUCACCCUGCGGCAGGUGUUCGACAGCCUGCAUAUGGACCCGUACGACCUCACUGUGGACUCGCUGGACGUCCACGCGGGCCGGCAGACGUUCCACCGCUUUGACAAGUUCAACUCCAAAUACAACCCUGUGGGGGCUAGCGAGCUGCGAGAUCUGUAUUUGAAAACUGAAAACUACCUGGGAGGAGAGUACUUUGCUCGGAUGGUCAAGGAGGUGGCCCGGGAGCUGGAGGAGAGCAAGUACCAGUACUCAGAGCCACGGCUCUCCAUCUACGGCCGCAGUCCCGAGGAGUGGCCCAACCUGGCCCGCUGGUUCAUCCAGCACAAGGUCUACUCACCCAACAUGCGCUGGAUCAUCCAGGUGCCUCGGAUCUAUGACAUAUUUAGGUCAAAGAGGCUGCUGCCAAGCUUUGGGAAGAUGCUGGAGAACAUCUUCCUUCCUCUUUUUGAGGCCACCAUCAACCCUCAAGAUAACCGAGAGCUUCACCUCUUCCUCAAAUAUGUGACAGGGUUUGACAGCGUGGACGAUGAGUCCAAGCACAGCGACCACAUGUUCUCAGACAAGAGCCCCAGCCCGGACGUCUGGACCAGCGAGCAGAACCCGCCCUACAGCUACUACCUGUACUACAUGUACGCCAACAUCAUGGUGCUCAACAGUCUCCGCAGGGAACGGGGCCUGAGCACGUUCCUCUUCAGGCCUCACUGCGGAGAGGCUGGCUCCAUCACUCACUUGGUAUCUGCUUUCCUGACUGCCGACAACAUUUCCCACGGGCUGCUCCUCAAGAAGAGUCCGGUGUUGCAGUACCUCUACUACCUUGCUCAGAUCCCCAUUGCCAUGUCUCCUCUUAGCAACAACAGUCUGUUCCUCGAAUAUUCCAAAAACCCCCUGAGGGAGUUCCUGCACAAGGGACUGCAUGUUUCUCUCUCCACCGAUGACCCCAUGCAGUUCCACUACACGAAGGAAGCCCUUAUGGAAGAAUAUGCAAUUGCGGCUCAAGUGUGGAAGCUGAGCACGUGUGAUCUGUGUGAGAUCGCCAGGAACAGCGUGCUGCAGAGUGGCCUCUCGCAUCAGGAAAAGCAAAAAUUUCUGGGACAAAAUUACUAUAAAGAAGGACCUGAAGGAAAUGAUAUUCGAAAGACAAAUGUUGCUCAGAUCCGGAUGGCGUUCCGAUACGAGACCUUGUGCAAUGAGCUCAGCUUCCUGUCUGAUGCCAUGAAAUCGGAAGAGAUCAUGGCCCUGACCAACUAGUCAAGCACUGGACAUGCAUUUUAACUUUUUGGUUUAAUUUCAAGUCUACUGUGAUUAACAGUGGUCAAGAUACCAAACUGUCCUCCAUGGAGAGGAUGCCUGUGAAGAACUUUCAAACUAGUGAUUUUUGGUUGCACUGUUCACUUUAAGGUCUAACAUGCCCGCUUCUGUUAAUAUUUUUGAGUAAUAGAUGGUGACUCCUUGGGGAUCUGGGAGUUGGACACUUGUCUGUACUUAUUCCUAAUUUUCCAAAUGUUUCUCUUGGAAGUGCUAAUGCCUGCAUUGUUGGGGCCAGGAUCUCACAUGGUCCAAUGCCCACUGACCUGAGGUCUGUGUGGUUUUCUGCCAUAGUCCUCUCUGUAGGCCCUGCAGACUAGUUGGUAGUUGUUCAUUUCAGCCUCGGACUGGCUGGCUGCCUUAAAAUCUAUUUCAAAGUUCUCUUUCAUAAAGGAGCUACUUCAAGAAAAUUAGAAAACUUCCUUUUUUGCAUUUUUUAAAAAAUGUUGUUAAAACUUUUAUUUAGCCUUCCUCCCUUUCUAUUUAGGAAACCAAAUAUUCACAUCAAAACCAUCACUCCUAUUUUGCAUCUGAAAGGUUAGGGUUUGGACUAUAUGAGUGUUUUUCAAGCAGUGUCCUGUGAGUUCCCCUCCUGGACCACUUCAGGGCAGGGGUGGGCAGCAGGGAGUGAGGCUCUGGGGCGCUGCUUUUACUUCUUCAAGGUGACUCUGCUUUCAUCAGUUUUACAUUGGGGCUUCUUGUAUUUACAUUUGAACUAAGGACUUUGAAAAGCACAGGACUAGGUGACCUCUGUUCUUUUUGCCUCUAAUAUUCUAUGAUUGUAGCCCGAUUAUCAUUUUACUUAUGAAGAGUUAGGGCCAGAGACGUGAACUAGGUUUCCCUAAUCCUAAUCCAGUCCUUUCCCCACUAUUCCAUCAGGCCUCACAAAUUUAGAUUUUUUUUUUUAAUCACUGUAACCUGGUGUUUUUUUCCCUCACAAGGUGCAAUCUCUCCUUUACCUAAUAUGCAGACUUCUUCAGAAGAUAUAAGUGGUCCCAGGGGCCAGGUAGAAAGCAUUUUUAAAGACCAGUCUGAAUUUAAGCUUUACCAAUGUACUCUUUAUCUGUGUUACUAGUGCCUGGCACAUAGUAGGUGCUCAAUAAAUGUGUAUAUUAAAUAACUGAAUGAAUUUCCUCUUUUGGCAACUUUUUAAGGAUGUGUGCUCCUGGUACUCAAUAAGCUGCUCAAGGACCUUCCUGUCUAUCGCUGUGGGCAAAUGCAGACUACAGGGAGCCCUUCUGAAUCAUUACAAAGUUAGAAGAACCCUAUUUUUGCCUGUGAAAAUGCUUACCUGACUUUAGAUUGUCUUGUCUUGUUACUUCAUAAUGCCUGUCCCCUCCACUGGUCAACUUAGUAUACAGAACAAUAAAUGUAGUCUUACUAGGCGAACAUAUGCUAUCUUACAGCUAAUCAUGAAACUGAAUGAAAACCGAGCAUUUAUCUUAAGCAUUCAUUAUUUUUGAAAAGCCAUUUGUAUACAUUUCCCCUUAUAGCAAGCACUGUACAGUUUUUCAUUGUCAUUUUAUCUGUAUCAAGUAUUUUUUAAUUAUUAAAUAAAGUCUAUUAGGACUGUG